CUCUCUUCUAACAUCUACCAAACUUAAGAUUCCCAAACAACACUUAGCAGCUAUCCCAAAAUCAUAUCCAUUUCUUAAAGUGCUUUAUGCUGAAUCCCUCUCAUUUGAAAUAUUGCCCAAAGAGCUUUAUAACUUAUACCAUCUACGUUACUUGGCUAUCUCAACUGAUAACAAUAUCAUUCCAAAACUAUUCACUCAUCUAUGGAACUUGCAAACUCUUGUGUUCAAUACUACAUCCCAAAGUACAGUUGAUGUUAAGGCUGAGAUAUGGAACAUGCCAAAACUAAGGCAUAUCCUAGCUAAUGCUUCUUUGCAACUCCCCCCAUCUCCUUCAGACAAUUCCUCUUCCUCUUCAUGUCCAAAAUUGCAAACUCUUUCCACCAUUUCACCCAAAAGCUGCAGCGAAGAGAUCUUUGACAAGAUGCCUAACCUUCAGAAACUGGGCGUCCGUGGGAAUGUAUCAGAGCUUCUAGAGAGCAAGGAAUCAGGAGGAAUUUGCUUGUUUGACAAUAUUCGAAAGCUGGAGAAACUCGAGAAUCUGAAACUCAUGCAUGAAGCUUUCAAUGAUGAAGCUGCUGCUACCACAUUGCGGAGCAUUCCAAAAGCUGAAAAAUUCCCACCCAACUUAAGAAAGCUGACAUUAUCCAAGACGUCCUUUGAUUGGAAAGACAUUUGCACAUUGGGAUCCCUGGACAAGUUGGAGGUCCUAAAGUUGGAGGAAUUUUCAGCCAAGGGAGAGUCUUGGGAACUGAACGUUAAUGUUGUUUUCAGGAGCCUCCAAUUCUUGCGCAUUGGGAGAACGGAUUUGGUGUAUUGGACUUGUGAGCAUAGUAGUUUCCCGGCAUUGAAACGACUUCACAUAUUGCAGUGUGAACAACUUAAGGAAGUCCCACUUUCCUUUAAGGAUGUGAAGAGCCUCAAGAUUAUUGACUUGUUUUUUACCAACAAACAGGCUGCUAAUUCUGCAAGGAAUAUACGAGACCAGAAACCUAAGUUGGAUAACUUUGUGCUCUCUAUUUUGCCUCCUCAUCAUUGACUUCCACUCCAUCUAUUGUGAUGGCGGUUGUUUCAACAAAUCAAAAGGAGAGGAGUAUCAAAUAAUAUCUUCAGAUAUAUGGCUUCUCCAGAGCAUCUUAUUACUCGCUACUUUGUUGUUGUUUUUUAUUUUUAUUUUUUCAAAAUAAAGGUUGGCAUGUAUCUAUAUGGUUGUAGGCCGGCCGGGUUAAUAUGUGGAACUUUAUCUGGGUUGUGACUUUGCUCAUUUAUUGUUUCCAUUUUGGCUUAUGGCUACCAACAUCGUUUGAUUGAGACUUUUGCAUUGUAACCUAUUAUUGGAUUUGAUAUUAUUCAUUA